AUGAUCAAUCAAUAUUUCCAUUUUCCACCCAACAACCUUAUUCUGACUUUCUCUUCUAUUAUUUAUUUUUAUCUCUCACUCUCUCUCUCUCUCUUUCUCUAUAUCUCUCUUUAUCUCUCUCUCUCUUUCUCUAUAUCUCUCUCUCUCUCUUUCGCUUUAGAAGUUUUUUUUUUAAGUUUCCACCCAACCUCCUCAUUCUUCUAUUUGUUUUCAUCUCUCUUUCUCAUUUACUCCUCCACUUUUCUCGCUCUCUCGCUCUCUCUCUCUCUCUCUUCCUUUCUCUCUCUCUCGCUCUCGAAGUUUUCCCACCACGAUUUCUUCUCAACAUCCUCAUUUUUUCUCUUCCAUGAUUUAUUUUCAUUUCGCUCUCUCCUUCCAUCUCUAUCUAUCUAUCUAUCUAUCUAUCUAUAUAUAUAUAUAUAUAUAUAUAUAUAUAUAUAUCUGAGUCUGUUCCUAUCUAUCUAUCUAUCUAUCUAUCUAUCUAUCUAUCUGAGUCUGUUCCUAUCUAUCUAUCUAUCUAUCUAUCUAUCUAUCUAUCUAUCUAUCUAUCUAUCUGAGUCUGUCCCUAUCUAUCUAUCUAUCUAUCUGCCACAGUCUGUUCAUAUCUAUCUAUCUAUCUAUCUAUCUAUCUAUCUAUCUAUCUAUCUAUCUAUCUAUCUGCCACAGUCUGUUCCUAUCUAUCUAUCUAUCUAUCUCCCUUUCUCUCUCACUCUCUCACAAAUACACACAUUUUACCCACUGUUUCCUCCUGAAAUCCUUAUUCUCACUUUUUCUUUUACUAUUUAUUUUUACCUCUCUAUCUUUCUCUCCCUCUUCUCUCUCUCUCUCUCUCUCUUUCACACUCUUUCUUUCUUUCUUUCUUUCUUUCUUUCUUUCUUUUGUUAUCUUUUCCAGCACCAUUUUCUUCCUGACCCUGUUCUCUUGUUAUAUCCCAAGGCCAAUGGCGUCUCUUGUCCAGAGAAUUCCACCCCCCGGUUCUUGGCAGCAUUUCCCUUGUCUUUGACUUCAAAGAAGGGACGCUGCGAGGCUAACUCCGCUUAUCACUCUCUCGCCCGAACCUCAAUAAAAAUUUAUUUCCCCGUUCUUUGUCUUCUCUUUCGCGAAAAACGGCCGCCGCUUCGGCUUCCAACGACUAAAAUUUUGUUUCCAUUCAUCGUAAAUAUUGCUGCAGCCACCAGCCGGGCUCCUCGGGCAAUUCUUUUUGCGCUGACCAGCACACAAUGGAAUCGGGUUGUAGCGGACCAGACGAACACAGAGACGUCGAUUCGACAUCUGAAUACGUCAGAAGCGAAUAAAGCGUCACCGGACGCUUCUCGCCGCUCACAGAAAGAGCCCCUUUGA